AUGAGGCAGAUGAUGGGACAAUUUAAGUACGAAAUUGGUUUUGCUUGUGACGACCUUUAUUUGUCAACUCUUUAUGGUCAACUUGGUUACAAACUAUCAGUUCUCUUGGUUUUAACCACGAUAUUCAUGUUAUCGUGCGUUAAAUCUUCCACUCCACGAACCAGGAGGUCCCUGUCCGGCCCUGCAGUGGUAGGGGCAGUGCAAAUUGGAAUCCCUGCAUCCCAUAAAGUCUUAGACGACUGGUGUAAGAACGUCACAAAACACCUCAACACAACUCAGGAAAAAUUUGGCAGUAUCAAUUUCAACAGCUCAAUGGCACACUCCAUCAUCUCUUCUAUGGGAGUUACGGUACUUCAGAGACUUUCAUUCGACUUGGAACACUUAGAAAUAUACUAUCUUCUUUUUGGUCAAAUUCCAAGCUCAAAUUCAGACCAGAAAUUUAAUUUGUGUGUAAACGACGGUAUCAACCUCAUGGGGGGGCUUGUCAUCAGCAUGCAAUUGACGGAGCUCUACCUCAAUGGUACGUCACCAUUCCCCCCUCAGUUCGUUAGUAAGGGAACGAUUGGUAGCCAGACUCGUUACCAGGACCUCAGUCACGAAAUAGCGCAGCUCAAAAGUUACAUGAGAGGGCUGGCCAUGAUACUGGCAGACAAAGACUUUAUCUCAGCACAAGUUUGA